AUGGAUGGCGAGGCCUAUGUCCGCGCGCUCAACGCCUGGAUCGCUCGAGAGGGUAAGCGUCUCGCCGAGCGAAACCCGGUACAACCGGCAUCCUUGACGCUCCAUCACCUCUACUACCUACUGUCGCGCUUUGAUGACGUCCUCGAGGUACAGACGGGGCCGUUGAAUGUUCGCUUGCAAGAUAUCGGCGAGGAGCACCAUGCGCAUGCGUCUGAUACGUAUGUCUCGUUCAGCAAGCGUAACAGCGAUGCUGCGAGCAUCAAAAGUGUGUCCUCGAUUCGCAGCGUCAUGUCCACUGCGGUAUCGACUGUUUGGACGGGACUCGGGCUGUGGGGAGGCACGGCGAGGUCUGAACAACAAGUGACAGAGGACUUGAAACUGCUGUACAGUGCAUUCUGCAAAAUCCCAAGCAUCAGACUCGCACCGGAUGCAAAACUCAAGCCAAUCUCUGGAUUCGAAGAGUAUCCCUUCGAUACAUGCGUUCCUUUGUUGGCAUUCAAGAAUUUACAAGGCCUGGAAGUCUUUGAUUACCCCAUCACGGCAUUGACGGGCUGGGAUGAAUUGUCUGAGCAGCUACGCUCCCUCGUCAUCAAGCGCAGUGGACUGGUUGAUGUCGCCAAGCUCACGCGCGGCAUCAUUCAAGAUGAGCAUGAGCGGAAACGGCGAAAAGCUGAACGUGCAACGCGGCAUUGGCAAACGCUCAACAAUACAAUCGAUGGCGGUGGUAGUCCGAGGCCUGGUCUGGAGAGCCGUUCCGGAUCAGCGAAUGGUCAUUUCUCUCAAAGUAUGCUCAAGUUUGAACGGCCGAGGUCUGCCUCACCCACCCUGACACAAGCACAAACCCGGCCUGGCAGUGCGAGAGGGCGGCAUGCAUCGAUGGAGGUACCGUUCGUCUUGUCAUCCACGAAAUGGCGAUUCCUGCGAUUUCUUAGUCUCAGCGACAAUGGCUUGACCUAUUUAACAGAAGAAGCGCUUGCGCCACUCCAUGCACUCAGCUUUCUGGAUCUAUCAAAAAAUAAGUUUACGAGUGUUCCCAAGGCGCUGGCGACCUGUACACAUCUACGCUCACUCGAUCUGUCACACAAUCUUAUUGACAAUCUACGGACACUGCUCGUGGAGCCGAUUCCCGGUAUCGCAACGCUCAACUUGCGUGCCAAUAAGCUGGUAGAUUUAUGCGGUAUUGAACGAUUACCGUCUAUUGAACGGCUCGAUCUACGCGACAAUGCCAUCAAGGAUGUUGCAGAAUGUGCAAGACUGGCGCAGGCGCCUGGUCUGUGUGACUUGUACGUUGCUGGGAAUCCCUUUGCUGCUCGACCAGAAGCACGGCUGACCAUCUUUAACCUAUUGCGACAAAAUCCCAUUGCACCGGAGGGAGGGGAUGUGUGUUUGGAUGGCAAGCGUCCUGGUUUGCUUGAAAAACGCAGCUUGGUUGCUCGAGCAGCUGAAAACAUGCCAGGAACACCCGCACGCAGCGAGACACGUCAAGGAGCAGCAGCGGCGACGUUACAAGUGAAGAAGAAGACACACAAGUCACGGCGUAUUGAUUUGCAUGGCGAGGAUGGCGGCGCGGCAAGUGAUGCAAGUGGGCAGAGUCCACUCACCAGUCCAAGUAACACGACAAAACUGACAGCCUCACGCACGGCCAGCUAUGGUGCAGAGGGAAGCGACGCGUAUCGGCGCAAGAUUGAGCAACUCAAGCAAGAAGUCGGGCCUGGCUGGCUGCGUGUGAUGAACGAUGCGCAGACAAGUGAACGGAAAACAGUUGCUGUAGACCAAGAUUAA